AUGACCAGGUCACAACACAAUUAUCAACACAUUUAUUUUUUAUUUCUACGAAGCAAAUGUGUAUUAAAUUACAUAUAUAAAAAAUAUUGUAUUGUUAUUAUUAACGUUAGGGUAGCUGAAUAUUGAUGAAAUUUACUUGACUAUUUUAUGAGACGUGAUUUUACUAUUUUAAAAAAAAUUUCUAUUCGAUUAAAUUAUUAAUAUUUUUAGUUAUUUUAAAUUUUUUUAUAUUAUAAUUAUCAUUUUAAAAAUUAAUAAGUAACUUGUUAAUUGUCAAACAAAUUAAGAGUAUUUAAUUAAAAUUUUAUAGACUUAUCGUAAAUAAAUAUUUAAAAAAAUUUAUAUAAAUCAUUUCUAUAGCUGGAGAUUUUUCAGUUGAUAACUUAAUUUAAUUUAUUUUUCAAUUAGAUGUUUAAUACUUUUUUUUUUUUAUUUUAAAUGUUCAACAAAAAAAAUUAUUAUUAUUAUAAUGAAACUAAUCGAGAUUAGUACUUUUUUAAAUUUAAAAAAUCGCUCCAUUUUUUUGUUUUUGUGUGUGUGUGUGUCGCCAUUUUAAUUUGCUCAUUGUAAAUGCACCACAAGGGAAUAUAAAAUAAUUAAUUAUAAAUAAAAACUAACCUUAUUCUCAAAAACUCCACAUGGUUUUUCUAACAUAUCCUGGUAUCAUCAACAUUUUUUAAAUUUGUUUACAUGGAUUAUAUUAUUUAUUAUCAUCAAAAAUAUUAAUAAUUAAUAACAAAAAAUAAAAACAAUAUCAACAAGUGAUUUAAUAAAAUGGGAUUAACCAAGCAAUACUUAAAAUAUGCACCAGCUGGAAAUGCAAAUGUAAUAACAAGUUCAACAUGUAAUUCAGUAUUUGUAACACUUGAAGGACAACAAGGACGUUUUGUAGCUGUUGGUGCAUGUGAACAUGUAUAUAUAUGGGAUCUUCGUCUUAAUGAAAAAGCUCAAGUUUUAAGUGGUGAUAAAUAUGAAGUUAAACAUUUAGCAGCAUCACCAAAUGGACGUCAUAUAGCUGUUGGUUAUUCUGAUGGUACACUUAAAACAUUUGAUUUAAGAACUGGUGAAAAUGUUAGUAUAUUUGUUGGUCAUCGUUCAGGAAUAACAUGUUUAGCUUAUGAUACAUUGGGUCAUCGUCUUGCAUCUGGAUCACAUGAUACAGAUAUUAUUGUUUGGGAUGUUAUUGCUGAAACUGGUAUUUGUCGUUUAAAAGGACAUAAAAAUAUCAUAACAAAAAUUGCAUUUAUGCAAGAAUCAAAUAUUCUUAUUAGUUCAAGUAAAGAUACACUUAUUAAAUUUUGGGAUCUUGAUACACAUCAUAAUUUUCGUACAAUUGUUGGACAUAGAACAGAAAUAUGGAGUUUUACACUUGUUAAAAAUGAUAAAUAUCUUAUAACUGGUUGUACUGGUAGUGAAUUAAAAGUAUGGAAAAUAUAUUUUGCUGAUAUUGAUGAUAUUGAUAUAUCAAAACGUAUUGAUAAUCUAAAUAUUGAUAAUGAUGAUUCAGUUAAUGAUCCAAAUUAUCCAUUGAGAUGUGAAAAAGUUGGUAGUAUUUAUCGUACAACUGAUGAUAAAGUAUUAUCAAUUGUUUGUGAUCCAACAAAAAAAAUUAUAGCAUGUAUUGGUGUUAAAUAUACUGUUGAAUUAUAUCAUUUAAUACCAGAUGAUAAAGUUACUGCUAGACGUUUAAAACGUUUAAAAAAAGCUCAAAAAAAUGCUGAAAAAGAUGGUAAAACAUGUGAUGAUAAUGAUAUUGCUAUUGUUGAUCCAUCAAUAGCAUUGAGAGAUGAAAUUCAAAGAAUGACAGUAUUUAAAGUUGAUGGACAUACAAAAUCAAUUGAUAUUAUUAUGGGAAAAAAUAAUGAAGUACGUUUUUGUGUUGGUUUAAGUAACAAUUGUUUAGGACUAUAUUCAUUAAAUAUAGAUGACAAUCAAAAAGAUAAACAAGUUACAACAAUGAGAACAAUAAUGUCACAUGGACAUCGUACUGAUGUACGUGCUUUAUGUUUUAGUUCUGAUAAUCUUUCAUUUGCAUCAGCAAGUGGUGAUUCAAUUAAAAUAUGGAAUAGACCAUCAUUAGCAUGUUUAAGAACAAUUGAAUGUGGUUAUGCAUUAUCAGCAACAUUUGUACCUGGUGAUAGAUAUUUAAUUGUUGGUAUGAAAGAUGGUUUAUUGCUUAUUGUUGAUGUUAGUUCUGGUGAAAUUAUUGAAGAAAUUAAUGCACAUCCAAAUACAUCAAUAUGGAGUGUUAUAUUAUGUGCAAAUGGUAUUGUAAGUGGUGCUGAAGAUAAAACAGUAAAAUUUUGGGCUUUAGAACUUGUUAAAAAUUCUAAAAAUGAUAAUGAUAAUCAAGUUUUAUCUUUAUUACAUACAAGAACAUUAAAACUUGAUGAUGGUGUAGUAUGUGUUAAAAUAAGUCCAGAUAAUAGACUUAUUGCUGUAUCAUUAUCAAAUUCAACAGUCAGUAUAUUUUUUCUUGAUUCAUUUAAAUUUCUUUUAUCACUUUAUGGACAUAAUUUACCAGUAACAUGUAUGGAUAUAUCAGAUGAUUCAACAUUAAUUGCAACUGGUUCUGCUGAUAGAAAUAUUAAAAUAUGGGGUAUGAGUUUAGGUGAUUGUCAUAAAUCAAUAUUUGCACAUGAUAAUACAAUAACUGGUUUAUGUUUUGUGCCAAAAACUCAUUAUUUUUUUUCAUGUGGUAAGGAUGGUAAAAUUAAAGAAUGGGAUGCUGAUAAUUUUCAAAAAAUAAUAACAUUAGAUGGACAUUGUGGACAAGCAUAUGCUUGUGCUGUAUCACCAAAUGGUAAAUAUUUAUUAUCAUGUGGUUCAGAUAAAGUUAUAAGAAUUUAUGAAAGAACAGAUGAUAUAGUGGUAUUAGGAGAUGAACCUGAAGAUGAAGCACUUGCUACUGAUGAAACAUCAGCUGUACCAGGACAAAAAACUCAAAUUUUACCAUCUAAAAAAACUGUUAAUACAGAACGAGCUGCUGAAUUAUUAUUAGAAUGUCUUGAAGAAACUAGAAUUUAUAAUCAAGAAUUAGAUAAUAUAAUACCACCUGCAGCACCACCAGCAUUACCAAAAAUUGCCGAAUGGGGCCAAUAUAAAUCAAUGGAUGAUUAUUUCAUUGGAACACUUAAAAGAGUACGUGCUGAUGAAAUGGAAGAAACAUUGUAUCUUUUACCAUACACAGAAGCUUGUGAAUUACUUCGUUUACUACCAAAAUUCUUGAAAAAAGAAUAUCAAGUUGAAUUAUUAUCACGUGUUGCACUUUGUCUUAUUCAAGCACAUCAUGGACCAAUUGUUGCUAAUUCUGAUCUUUAUCCAAUUAUUGAAGAAAUUCAAUCUCUAGCUGUUAAAGGCAUCACUAAUCUCAGGAAUACAAUUGGUUUUAAUCUUCAUGGGCUGGCAUUUACACAACGUACAGUUGAAGAGACUGAUUCCAUCACAUUAUUCCGUGAUGCAACCAGGUCUAGGAAACAAAAAAAUCAAGAUAGAAAAAAGAGAGAAGGUGCAUGUAAACGAGCUCUUAUGACUAUGUAAUUAAUCACUUUAUUAUUUCAACUACAAUUUAACGAUUGAAUAAAAAUUUAUUGCUCUAAAAAUUUUUCAAAUAUUAAAUAUUUUUAUCUUAUUGAACAACAAA